AUGAACGCCGAUAAGUUGAAGGAUUUUAAAAAGAGCUUGCGACCGAUUAAGUUGUCUUUUAACGACUCCGAUUCAAGUGUAAAGAUCGCUUUAAAAAGUGCGAAAUCCACUCGUGAACCACGGUUCACGGGCCAAAUCGGCAACUUUAAAGGAUCUUCUUUUCAGCCGGAAUCUUUAGACCGCGCAUUCGAUAAAGCUAUAAAAGCCUUAAAUGACUUGCCCGAAGACGAGGACGAUUUAACUAAUAGCUCCGGACCUUAUUUUAGCUUCGCUAACUUUCCGUCGGCUAAGUUUACACUUAUCAACGAUGCUAUUAACAAGCGCAAGAACGACACGCGCUCCUUUACCCUUAAGGAUGCUGCUGCUAGCACGUUAUCGUCCAAUGCUAGCCUUGCUAAAAGGAGAAGACCUUCUUAG